UUUGCAAAUGGUGCUAUUUUUCCUUACCAACUACUUAAAAGUAAGAAAACUAAUCAGGGAGAUUCCCUCGAGUGUCGCUGCAAACGAUGCUUUUGUCGAUAUGUAUAUGUAUAAACAAAUAACUGUGCGAUCUACAUAGUUGCCCAUCGCUAAUUCAGUGUGAAUUCAGUUUACGUUGCAAAGGGGGAAAAAAUUAUCAAGAGGUUAAUACCAGAAGCAUGCUUUGUUAAACGCUCAGUUAAAUACAAUCAGAAAAAGUAUGGAGGGAGGAACAGAUUAUGUUGCAGAACACGCGCAGAAAGAGGAAAAUGACUUUUUAGAGUUGGUAAAGCAUCGUGACAAGUGCGAUCAAAAAGGUUUUCAAGUUGUAUCGCAAGAUACAGUUAGCACGCAGCAGGAAAAUAACAGAGAGACAAUGAAAAUUUAUAAGACGUAUGAUUUUGUUUAUCGCCCAAAGGCAAACUUAACGAUUACAUCCGUAAAAGAUCAGAUAGUAUCUAUGAUCGAAACUAAUUCGGUGGUAGUUAUUCAAGGGCCGACUGGUUGCGGGAAGACUACGCAGGUACCACAGUUUAUUCUGGACUCUUGUUGUAAAAAACGACUUCAUUGCAACAUCAUAGUCACGCAGCCUAGACGCAUCGCAGCCAUAAGUAUCGCAAAACGAGUUAGCGAAGAAAGAAAUUGGCCGGUAGGUACCCUGGUCGGAUAUCAAGUAGGUCUCAUAAAUAAUACGUGUCCGGAUACACGUUUGAAUUAUUGCACAACGGGCGUUCUCCUGCAUAAAUUGAUCAAUUCCAAACACAUGUUGGAUUAUACGCACAUUAUAAUCGACGAGGUUCACGAAAGGGACCAAAACAUGGAUUUCCUCUUGCUCCUCGUUCGAAUGUUAUUACGUAGAAAUUCAAGUUCGGUGAAAGUUAUUUUAAUGUCUGCAACAUUCAAAGUGGAGAGAUUUGCUACGUAUUUUUCUUCCCCCGUGGGAAAUAAACUUACACCCGCACCUAUUAUUGAUAUCGAAAAAAGGAAUCGCUUCAAUGUUACUAUAUGUUAUCUUUGUCAAAUGGGUGCACUAGGUCUGUUACCUGAAGUUUCUGCUACGGAACCGAACGUUUCGAAACAAAUGAUGGAGUUUUGCGUUAAUCUUACAAAAGUUCUUGACGAUGUGGACGCGAACGAUGACGAUGCUGACUGUAAUCUGGAAAGAAAUGUUUACGAAAGACACGCGAUUCUUGUAUUCUUACCGGGAAUGGAUGAAAUCGAAGAAAUGCAUAAUUUCUUAUCACUACCAAAACACGAUGAGUCGAAAUGGGACAUAGUAGUGUUACAUUCAUCGAUCACGAACAACGAACAACAACGAAUUUUUAUAAAACCACCCCAUGGUUAUCGUCGCAUUAUCUUAUCUACAAAUAUCGCUGAAAGCAGUAUCACUGUGCCCGAUAUAAAAUAUGUAAUUGAUUUUUGUUUAACGAAACAACUUAUUAUCGAUGGAAAAACGAAUUUCCAAAGCUUGGAACUUACAUGGGCAAGCAAGGUAAAUUGUGAACAAAGAGCAGGUCGUACAGGUCGUGUAAUGCACGGAAGAGUGUACAGAUUGGUGUCGCAAACAUUUUACGAGUCUGUAUUGCCUCGCGAAGCACCUCCCGAGAUGUUACGAGCACCGUUAACAAAUUUGGUUCUGAAAGCAAAAUUAUUAGACAUGGGAGAACCAAAAGCUAUAUUAGCGCUUUCUCUCGAUCCACCCGAUCUUGACAGUUUGGAAAGGACGAUAUUAUUGUUGAAGGAAGCCGGCGCAUUAACCAACAAAACUAAUAAAAUACAAAAUCUUGACGGAGAAUUAACAGAUCUUGGUCGAGUUAUGGCCAAUCUGCCAGUAGACAUUUAUCUAACAAAAUUAAUUAUGUUGGGCCACGUGUUUAGCGUUUUGAAAGAUACGAUUAUUAUGGCAGCCAGUCUAGCAGUGAAAGACGUGUUUAACAGUCCGUUUCGACAGAAAUUAUUGUCAUUUAACGUUCGACUAAAGUGGGCCAGCGGUUCUUGCAGCGAUUGCAUAGCUUUCAUGCACGUGUACAAAGCAUGGAUCACCGAGAAGGCCAACCGUCGCAUAACCAAUAAUGCUGCUGAACAGAAAUGGGCAAUGAGAAAUUUUGUACAAAUAAAAGUAUUACGCGAAGUGAAGGUUCUCGUGUCCGAAUUAACUAGAAGACUGGAAAAAUUCGGUAUACAAGAAAGCGUCGGCGUUAAUAAAGUUAUUUGGAAAGAGACGGAACGACCGUUCGUGUUGAAAAUUGCAAUCGCUGGUGCAUUUUAUCCCAACUAUUAUGUCAAACAUGUACCAGAAGUAGAAAUGAACGAGCAUGCAGCAGUAAAAUUAUUAGGCGGUUUGGAUCCAUCUAAAACAGUCUAUCUAAGGGGAUGGCCUUUAAAGCAACCUGGAAUUUUAUACGCCCGUAAGAUUCAAGAUAUGUUUCGAAAGAAUGGAAUAUCACCCGUUGAAAAGAUAAGAGUGUCCUUCGAUGCUUCGUCUCGAGUUUAUAUUCAGUUUGCUAAAGACAAGAUAUCCGGAAAUGAAAGUAACGAUACUUCGAAACAAAUAUCGCCGUCCGUUUACGAAGCUAUCAGAAUGAGAGAAUGUAAAAUUCCCUUGGACAUACCUAUUUUGAACGAAGCUGUAGCCAUUCAACGAGCAAAAGAAAUAAACUUUGAGAGAAAAUCAUUUUUUACCUGCGAAGACUCGAGAAAAGACAGCAUGAAACCUCGGUUACCGGGUUUACGAGUAUCUCGGAUUCUCGCGGUAGUAUAUAAUGUAAUUAAUCCUGGCCAUUUUUGGAUACAAAUGCGCGACUCUAAUGUAAAAAGAGAAAUGGAUAGAAUACAAUCGACCAUCGAAGAAACGAAACAUCGCUUAAAUCGAUUCGUUACAGCUCCUAAAAUCGGUUCGCUCGUAAUCGCACCGUACGAACAAAAUAAUUGCAAAUCAUAUUUUCGAGCAGUAGUCGAAGGUCAUAAAACGUCGUCGGAAACAUUGGUACAGGUAUUUUUCAUAGAUUAUGGUUACGCGGGCGAAUGUAGGUUGUGCGAUUUAAGGUGUCUCGAUAGCGACAGCGAAAUUGCCAAUAUUCCAGCACUGGCAUUCCAAUGCAUUUUGGCGAAUGUUCAACCGUCGAUAGCGUAUAAUUUAUGCGACAGUUGGUCAGGAGCCGCGUACGAUUUCUUUUGGACGUUAAUUAAUAAGCCCGGUGUACUAAUUGGCGAAAUUUAUUCUAUCGUUAACGGCGUUAUCGCAUUGGAAUUGAUACAUAAAAGCAAAGAAGGAGGAGAAGAGAUCAGUAUCAAUCAAUGUCUGAUCGACAAAAGAUUUGCAAUCAGAAAGGAAGAGAAUUACUUUUCACGCUUCAAUCAUAAUUUAAGAUCGCAACAGUCGGAAAUUUCAGACGAACAGUGUCGUCACUACGAACAAUUACAAAACGAUCAAGGUUGUAUGUCGGAUAUUUACCCGGAACCAACCGAUAGUUCCGAAUGUUGCGCAACGAUAAAUUUGCGAGGGCCAUUUUCGCCAUUGGAAAUUGAACUGAAACAUCUGACUGUAAUCGGCAGUUGCAAGAAGGUACACACGGCCGUAAAUUCUGUGAACUCUGUUCUUCUGGACACUGACCCGGAAGACUCGCAUCAGCGACUUUUAGUUGCCGGAUCAGUUCUUCAGAACGUGCACACCAGUAAUUUAACAUUAUACAAUACGACAUUGAUGCCACGUCUUCCUGGACUUACGGCUUUAAUUACAUUGAUUUUCACUCCGUGUACGGAAUUGCGACGCGACACGUUUGGAAGUUGUUACGUUGGUGCGUUAUGCGGAUUAGGAUCCGACCCUAUCACCAAUGGAAGCAUUUUCCCGGAGCAUGACAUAGAACUUCAUUUCGACACCGAGGUUACCAUCGAUGAUCUACAAUAUAUAAACAGAUUACGUUAUUGGAUGAGUAUUGGAAUGCAGAUUAAUAAUCAAUCGAAAAGCAGCGACAACAUGGAAGAAAUAAUCAUUUGUCAAAACAGAGUAAAAGACGCAUUAUUGAAAUUGAUCGAAAAGCCCAGAAAUUCGCAAAUUCCGGAAUUAAUUUAUAAUUUUGAUAAAUGGAAUCUGUACGACGAGUCUUUGUACCUAGAACCCAGCAGGCAAUCUGUAAUCGCUAAUAACAUAUAUAGGUUGCACAAUGCUUUGGAAUUGGAAGAAACGACUGCAUUGCAAGAAAUUACAGAACACCUGAGAACCUUACGAGCUUUAACGGUCGAAGGGAAUAGAAAGACUGGAAAUUCCAACAUUUGUUGUAAACUGUGCAAAGUUACGUUAAGCGACAUUUUCGAUCUUCGCGGUCACCUGUUCACGAUACAACAUAGGGAAAACGAAAAGCAACUAGGAAUUGAACUUUAAAACAUUACGAUCACCAAGU